AGCUUUGCCGUUAUCAGCGAAAGAACUGAACCAUGGCGGCCCUGAGCUGCCAUUUUCAUUGUGCUAUCCAACAACUUCCUCGCAAUGCCAGAGUUAGACCUUCCUUCACUUGCUCGGUGCAACCUUCUCAAAGCAAUAUUAAGGUUGUUGUCAAUGGAGCAGCAAAGGAAAUAGGACGGGCUGCAGUAGUUGCUGUGACCAAAGCUAGAGGAAUGGAGGUUGCUGGGGCAGUGGAUUCCUAUUUUAUAGGAGAAGAUAUAGGAAAGGUGUGUGAUAUGGAAGAGCCUCUAGAGAUCCCCAUAAUGAAUGAUCUCACUAUGGUGUUAGGUUCGAUAUCUCAGUCCAAAGAGACAGGAGUUGUUGUUGAUUUUACUGAGCCUUCAGCAGUUUACGACAAUGUUAAACAGGCAACAGCAUUUGGCCUGAAAAGUGUGGUUUAUGUGCCUCGAAUUAAGCUUGACACAAUAUCAGCAUUAUCUGCAUUCUGUGAGAAAGCCAGCAUGGGUUGCCUAGUUGCACCAACUCUGUCCAUAGGAUCUAUUCUCCUCCAGCAAGCUGCCAUUUCAGCUUCCUUCCACUACAAUAAUGUAGAAAUUGUUGAAUCAAGAGCACAUGCAACAGAUCUUCCCUCACCCGAUGCCGUCCAGAUUGCCAACAACCUGUCUAACCUUGGUCAGAUCUACAACAGAGAAGACAUUGCAACAGAUGUCUUGGCAAGGGGCCAAUUAAUAGGUGAAGAUGGGGUGCGUGUUCAUAGCAUGGUCCUUCCUGGGCUUCCAUCUAGUACAACAGUUUACUUCUCUGGCCCAGGAGAGGUUUACACCAUCAAACAUGCUAUCACAGAUGUGCAGUGCCUCAUGCCAGGCCUACUCUUGGCUAUUAGAAAGGUUGUUCGACUCAAGCAUCUGGUGUAUGGCCUGGAGAAAUUUCUGUAGGAUCCCAUUAUUCUUCAUUUUUCCUUGGAGUAUAACUCAGAUCUUGGAAAAUCCAGUGGAGAAUCAUUUUCAUCCUGCAGACCAAUAUUUUCAGAAGGAAUAGAUGUCAUUCUUCCAGCAGAGACAUCUACAGAGGAAGAUUGCAUUAAAAUGGAGCAAAAGCAAAAAUAUUUAUGCAUUUACUUUCUUUGAGACAAAAUCGUUGUAAUUUGAUCAAAUAUUUAAGAGACUUCAAAAUUGAGGCAUGAAAGCAGUUUAGUCAGGGUACUAUAUAUAGAUAUCACACCAAUAUUCUCAUA